GUCGAUCAAAUCGUGUCGCUUGGUUCGUGGUUACGGCCUCGGAUGCGGCGUGCGUGAGAAGUGGCGCACUGUCAGAGAAGCAUAAAAGCAGAAAAAAGCAGCAAAAAGAUAAAGCACAGCCGCUUGAGAGCGAGCGAGACAGUGAGUGAGAAAGAGUGUAUUCAAUAGUACGCGCCUACUGUGUGUGUUGUGUGCAGCGUGAAGAGUGCCAAUAAAGAAAAGGAAAAGCAGCAAAAUUUUGGAAAUACCGCACAUUUUCUCUCAUUCCUACGCGCGACGCAAAACCACCAACCUCAGUUUGUUUCCCCGUACCAAACGGCCAAGCGACGAUCAGAUGCGAUACUUAAUGUGUGAGAACCGACAAGAUUAAACAAGACAACAAAAUCUGACGCACCACAAUAUCUAGUGAACGGAAAAUAAAAAAAUACACAACGCAGUCCAUUGGUCUCGAGACAGAGAAAACACCAUGGACGAUGAUCAGCAGUUCUGUCUCCGAUGGAACAAUCACCAGAGUACACUCAUCUCGGUGUUCGACACACUGCUGGAGAAUGGCACCCUGGUCGAUUGCACAUUGGCGGCCGAAGGAAAAUUCCUGAAGGCACACAAAGUUGUUCUCUCGGCCUGCAGUCCCUACUUUGCGACCCUACUCUCACAACAGUACGACAAACACCCAAUUUUCAUACUCAAAGAUGUGAAAUUUCAAGAGCUGCGCGCCAUGAUGGACUACAUGUACCGGGGUGAGGUGAACAUCUCCCAGGACCAGCUGGCCGCGCUGCUGAAGGCAGCCGAGUCGCUGCAGAUCAAGGGUCUGUCCGACAACCGCAGCAGCGCGUCGUCGGGCUCGUCCGCCCAUCAGCAGCAGCAGCAGACUCAGCAGCAGAAGCAAAGUGACGCCUCCGCCUCCGCGAAAACGCUACAGCCUCCCGUACCUGCAAGCAAGGCAUCAGGUCUGACGAUUGAAAACAAAAGGCCUUUAAAGUCGGAGCUGCUGGAGUCAGACGUGUCCGGUUCGCGAGAAGGUUCCACUAGUCCAACGAGGAAGCGUAAAAAAGUCCGCAGAAGGAGUGUAGAUACGAACAACCUACUAAUAGAUAAUCAUGACCAGCAUUCAAAUUCCUCAUCACAUUCAAUUCAUACCGCUUCGGGUGCUGCUGGAGCGGCCACGGCUGGCGCAGCUGUCGGUGGCGCCACCGGAGCCGCGGCCGCCAGCGCCGGAGCCUCGUCCCUGUCCUCUUCGUCAGCCGCGGUCGGUGGAGGUGCGGCGAGUGGAGCAGCAGCAGCGGGCAGCAAUGCUGCCGUGAACGUACUGUCUGCUGCCGCCGUCACCGCGGCCGCCGCCAUCAAAAAGACUGAAACGGCCCAGCAGGCCGCCGCCGCCGCCGAGCUAAUGAAGCUGCAGCUCCAGAAGCAGCAGAUCGCGGCCGCGGCAGCCGCCGCCGCCGCUGCCGCCUCCGCCCAGUCCUCGGACGAUGAGGAGCGGUGCGGUGGGCCGAGCAGUGUCGCUACCGGUACCGAACAUGACGACGGCAACGAGCUCACGGACAACGAACACGACGGCGAUGGCGGCUCAUCGGUCAAGUCGGGCGCCCGCCACCACCGGGAGGGUGGUCGACGCGGCAACAAGACGUCCACCUCCACCGUCGGCGACCUGCUGAUCGAACCGAAGAGCGAGUAUGAGGACGGACAGGACGAAAAUAUUGAGGACUUGACGAUGGACGACGAGGAACUAAUGGACGAACUGGACCAAGCCGGACCGAGCCACGGUGGCGAUGUAUCUAGUCAAGGGUAUGCACAAUGGCCGUUGGAUCGUGAACAGAACGAAGCGUUUAUUGCCGCUCAGGACGCUGUCGGUGGACAACAUCGAGACGCACAAGGUGGUAAACGAAAAGUGGUGCGCAUCCUGACAAAGAAAAUCGCAGCGGGUGGUUCCGAUCAGCAACCAAGUACAGCAAGUGGCAAUACGUCCAGCGGGAAAAAGAUAAGAACAAUUACGGUAACGACCUCCGAGCCGGCACUGUUGGUUGAGGAAGAGGAUCUCUCGUAUAUAAGCAACACGUCACAACCGCAACAGCAGCAACAACAGCCUGUUCAAUUACGCCAAAGUGCUCGACUGCAAAAUGCAAUGAUUGCAAGCGGCAAUUUUAGUGGUGGUGGUAGUGGUAAUGGCAAUUCCACGAUAUCGAUAACGCUAGCCCCCGACUCGGGCAUAUUACCGACGUGCAGCAGCGCCACCACAACCACCACCAGCUCGGGCAUUGUACCUACGGCACUUAUAACCCACGCCACCCCUGUCGUGCUGAACGAUUGUCUGCUAGAGAGCAAAAACAUCGUCGUCACGAAGAAGGACAACAACUAUAUCCUUUUCACGGCCGAUCCCGAUCCGGAACCGAUGUCCUCGGCAUCCGGAUCGCUCGUGCUACCGAUGCGUGGCGCUACACUGGUGGCGACCGGUAGUGGACUCGGUGACGGCGGUAGUGGCAGCGGAGUGAGUGGCAUGACUACCACCAGCAACGCUGUCAACACCACCACCACCACCGUGAUCGACACCGUGCGGCUCGAGGAUCUUCUGAAGAAGGAGAAAAUUAUCAAGCAAACGGAGCUGCACCCUGACGGAACCACGGCAACGACGUACAUAUUCGAUGAGUGCGAUAUCCUACCGCUCAAGACUACGACCACGACGAGCGCCAUAUUGAAAGGAGCUGGUGGUGUCCCUGCCCUUGCACCUGCGUCGACGACUGCCAUCGUUGGCAAGCGCAUCACCUCGUCUCCGGGUGGCGGCGGUAUCUCGGGAGGAACAGCGAUAGUCACAAACGCCGGUGGAUCGCCGACCACUAUCUCGAUCAUGAAAAUGGAUGCUGGUCCGAAUCGUAGUGGUGCACCGGAGUUGGUACCGUCGUCCAACUCGUUGCGCGGGUCGGACGGAGCGAGUAUUAAUAUGUCGGGCAAGAAGCUGGUCUCUGUGACCCAGGGAAAACCGCUCGGUCAUCCGCGCAUCAAGUACUCGCGCUUGAAAAACCCUUUCCAGAGCAGUAUCACUGCUGGUACGGGAUCGUCAACCUCCUCCACGGUGUCCCUGCCGAUUCUAACCAUCCCGACAGUGACACCAUCGUCCGGUGCGGUGCUGCAGGAAGUGCGUCUUCCAGCACGGGUGCAAGAUGUGCCAACAAGCACCACCACCGUGGCCGUAUCCGAGCGGCAGCUUUUGAACUUUUCGCUCUCACGUAAGCUCGGCGGGGUCCAGCAGCAUCCACAGCAGCACGUCACGAUAGCGGCAGGAGGUGGUGGAGGCCCGGCCGGUUUGACCGCGAUCAGUGCCAUCCAGCAAAUCCCGAUCGCGGCCGCCCUUGGGCGCGGCAACUCGGUCACACGUUACACCGCGGUGAACGAGUACGAGACGUCCGGCUCGAAUACUUCGCAGAGUGCCGAUUUUCCGCCCGGCAUGAUCGACGAUCUCGACUACUCGGUGAUCGAUGACAUGGAUCUGUCCGAUGAGGUGCAGACAAACUUUAGCAACGCGGUCGCGGCUGCUGCAGCGGCCUCCGAGGCAGCCACCAAUCUGACUUCCGCGCAACAGCAACAGCAGCAGCAACAUCAAACGGUGGCACUGGUUGCCACUGGUAAGGCCUCCCCAUCGGACUUGGACAACAACGGAUCUCAGAGCGAUGAUGAGGACGAGGACGGUGAUCAGGAUAUGAAGGACGACAUGUACGACGAUGACGAUGAUCUGUCGCAGAAGGGUGGCAAGGGCAGGAAGUCGGAUUCGAGUGCGAGCGGUGGUUCGAAGCUGCUGAACACGGCUGUCGGUGAUAGCAAGUACGCGCUGCUGGCCAACACCAACAUCAUGACAAAGUUCGAGUACACGGUCAACGACUCGUCGAUGGUAAGUGACACGGACGAUGGUGAGGUGCGCCAGUACGUGUGCCGGCACUGCGGCAAGCGCUACCGCUGGAAGUCGACCCUGCGUCGCCACGAGAACGUCGAGUGCGGUGGCAAGGAGGCGUCCCAUCAGUGUCCGUACUGCAGCUACAAAGCCAAACAGCGUGGCAAUCUCGGUGUACACAUACGCAAGCAUCACGCCGACAUGCCGCAGCUCGAGAGUCGCCGCAAGUCGAACAAGUCGCGUGACUCGAUGUAAUCCUUUUCGGUACGCCGGCUCUCCUCUCGCCCCACAUCCUAAACAGCCUCCACCAAAAUCAAUUCGAACCAUCCCCGAUGCAAAAGUGUGUCCCGGCGUAGAGGGUUCACAUUACUUUCCAUCGCCUAUGAAGCAAAGUGCAACCGACUGAAAUUACUUUUCUUUCUACCUCACUGGACAGAUUUUGCUUUCGAAAACUUUCUGUACCACAAUUCUCUUGUAGAAUGAUAUUAUUUUACAACGAGGUGUCUAAACGAAAUGGUUCAUUGUUGCGAUCAUGAAUCGGAUAGUUUUUGGUUGUUUGCGUUUGGUUAAAAUCGAUCACCAGUCAUUUUAAAAAAACAUAAAAAUUAAAACGCAUUUGAUCGUUUUGAAAACGUAUAACUGCAGGAAUUUAAAGAUCCACAAACAAAUCGAAAUAUACAGAUCAUAGUAUCCUUUGCUUCAAUGGACAUAACAUUUUCCCGACCCCUUCCUUGCCAACCAUUCCUCGUUCCUUAUUCGUGGGGAUUUUGCCAUCCAUGGAAACCGGAUUUUCUUUAAAUCGUAAAGCAUAACAGCCAAAUUUGCUGCGACCGAUCGCGUCCGUACGGAGCGUGGCCCGUCGUCACGUGGCCCGGUCGCAUUACUUUUAACCUGCUCUCCUUUCUUAUAGCUAGCUGGAUCAGUGACAGUUUAAAUGAUUUAAGUAUUUUACUUAUGACUAUUAUCUAUCGGUUUGAUGUACCGUUUAAGCUUAAGUGUAUGUGUGUCCCGGUGUGCGCUAAUAAUAGUCUCUAGUAGAAUAGCAGUUUAGUUCACGACUUUACUUUAUCUCUGUUGCGUUUGCCAUUUUCAAGCUUAAGUUCAAGGAGUGAGCAACUUAUCGACACGAUCGUCCCCUCUCGUUCUGCUACAUUUCAAAGUUCGGUUUUUGCACUGUGAACGUUUACACAACAGCAUUUACAUACAUUUGCGUUUGAGAUAGUUGUCUAAUUAUCGUUAUACGAUACAUAAAUUGGCACGCAAAAACACACACCAGCGAAGCGGAUCCGCAGAUGCUUUGGGUAAAGAAGGGUGUGCUGUGUGUAUACUUUAUUGUAUUUUUUAUUUAGACAUAGGAUCGCAGAUCGUAUCGAUUAAAGUAAGGCAUGGAAGGUUUUCACUGGAAUGCUUUCAUUUCUGGAACGUAUUGUUAAGAAAUGAAAUGGUAAAUAAUAUCAAAAUGUGUGUGUUAAAGUAAACUUCACUCCUUAACAUUAUACAACAUUACACAACUGUCGGAAGAUUUAAGAGUGCAUUUUAUGUUUGUAUGGAGUUAUGUGGCAGAAUUGAUUGGCAUCGUAUUAUAUCGAUUGUGUCAAAAAUUUGUUUUUGUUUUUUCCCCUUUUCAAUCAUUACAAAUCAUUUGUGGGCGAUGCAAAAUAUGAUGGGAAGGUGCUCAACACCCGAUACCAUCUUUAAGAUUCGCAGAAGGAGUAACUAUUUUUGCUGAACCUUAAUCCAUCUGCAUUGGAAAAGAAAAGCAACAGCAACAAAGCAGAUGUAAUAUUGCCGUAAAGAGAAUAUAAUAUUAUUAUAAGAAAAGAUCAAAAGAGAGCAAUGUUCUUUACAAGAGAACACAAAAUUAUUUACGGAGGAGCUUCAUAAGAGCCACAGAGAGAGUUAGAUACAAAAAAAAGCACAUGAAAGUAAAAGGAAUGAAAAUAUUCAAAUGUCGGAAUGGGAGUAAGAAUCGUGCUAAAACAAAUCAGUUACUAGAGUAAAAUGCGUGUAAGAAUAUAAGCGAAGAUGCAAAAACAACUGUUGAAUACAGGAGAAAAAAGUAAAAAGUAUGUAAUUUAAGAGAGUGUAGAAGUAUAUGAUCCUUUGUCGUAUCCUUGUGACGGUAGCAAACGUGUAAACGAUUAGCAUCAACAUUUAUUUUCUGUAUAGGAUGGAUGCCACUCAAGAACACGUAUUUUAUAUAUAAAAAGAUAAGAAAAAGUUUAAGCACACACCACAAGCAGCAAAAUGAAGCCAAAUAUCGAUGCCGUGUUUGAAGGAGGGGUGGGGGGAGGGGACCACGGUUAAAUUUGUGUGCUAAUUUGAAAAGUGCAGAAAAAGUAAAACGAAAAAAAAAACAUAAAAAAAACUGACACAGGAAAAAAUCCAUAUUUUAAGCGGCUAUGUGUUACAAACGUGUAACUAAUAGAACUC